AUGCAGGGAGCACCUCACACGCUCUUCACGUUAUAACGGCAGUGCGUAUUUACUGAGGCAGCAGGUAACGUUAGCCAGUCUGCCAACGUCUCUCGUCGGACAUUAAAUCUUUGCAACACAACCAGUUACUUUGGGGAAAAGUCAACCAACAAACCAGAAAUGACUUCGCAAAUCCGACAGAACUUCCACCAGGACUGUGAGGCUGCCAUUAACAGACAGAUAAACCUGGAGCUCUAUGCCUCUUAUGUUUAUCUCUCCAUGGCAUACUACUUUGAUAGGGACGAUAAAUUCCUACCAAACUUUGUGAAGUUCUUUCACGCACAGUCCAAAGAGGAGCGCGAGCAUGCAGAGAAGCUGAUGAGUCUGCAGAACAAAAGGGGAGGCAAAAUUUUUCUGCAGGACAUCAGGAAACCUGAUAGAGAUGAGUGGGGAAGCGGCCUGGAGGCUUUGGAGUGCUCCUUGCAGCUGGAGAAAAGUGUAAACCAAUCCCUGCUGGACCUGCAGAAAAUGGCGACCGAACACAAUGAUCCUCACUUGUGCGACUUCAUAGAAACACAUUAUCUGGAUGAGCAGGUCAAAUCUAUCAAACAGCUCGCUGACUGGGUAUCCAACUUGCGCAGCAUGGGAGCCCCUCAGAACAACAUGGCUGAGUACCUCUUUGACAAACACACCAUGGCUGACGAGGGCAGUUAAACAACACUGUGACACUAAUGAUCAUCCUGGUCAUCGCUGCAUGCCCGCCUGCCCACCUGCCCCUGUCCUAAACAUGUCAUACAGAUAACACAGCUUUAUUUAUGUUUGUUAGUUGUCAGUCAACUGCAAAUUUUGCACAAAGCAUCAGUGGCUCUCAAAACUGGACUGCUGCAGACCUCACCUCACAUCACAUAUCGGAUAACAGCGGAUCUUUACAGAAAUAAAGACUGAGAAAACCUUUAAUUUAUGCCAGUUAUGUGUUCAAACUUCCUGAUGUUUCACUGACUGUUUCAGUGUUUUUGGUGUUUACAAGUGUGGCUUAAACACUACAAUUUAAUGUCUGAACUUUGAAAUACAUCUUUUAAAAUACUUGCUUCUCUAUAAACAAUAAGUGUAAGGAGGCUUGACUGUGCCAGUGUCAAAUUUAAAGGUCUAGUGUGUAGGAUUUAGGGGCAUCCAGCAGUGAGACUGCAGAAUGCAACCAGCUGAAACUUUUCCCUUGUGCCAAGCAUGUAGGAAUACCACAGUGGCCAACAUGAAAACUUGUUUGUUCUGGGCUACUGUAGAAACAAGAUGGCGUACUCCGUAGAAGAUAUAAACGGCUCAUUCUAAGGUAAUGAAAACACAGUAAUUCCUUGUUUCAGCUAUUUAAAUGCUAAUGAAAUAUAGUUGUGAAUAUCAGAUUUUAUUUCUGCCAAUAUAUCCCCCUAAAUCCUACACACUGGACCUUUAAAGUCUUUUGUAAUAAAAUAACGACUAAUCAAUCAGUCCAUAUAUCUUUAUAUAUUAUGAUUAUUUUUAAAAUUUUUACUUAAUUCCUUUUCGUAUGAGUCUCAUGAUACUGAAUUCUACAUCUUUCAGGUAUAAUCCGCAUGUGUCUCCUGAUUUAGUAUUUGUAUCUUUACUUUUUUUUAAUCCAGGCUUAAAUCUAAUGAUACCUCAUUCGGAUAACCUCGUACCAUUUUUGUACAAUAUAUUGUUCCUGCAAAGAUUGUAACUGAGGAUAGUUAAAUGGACAAGAGACCUCAAACCUGGAAAUUGAUACUGGCCAUAGUUAAAGUGUCUGUCCUUGACGGCUGCUGCUGAUUCCCUGCGUUGAACCUCUUUUUUAGUCUUGAAAGAGAAGCAUCUUUGACUUAGUUUGUAAAUGAAAUAGAACUUUAAAGAGUGAAGCAAGUGACAAAUGAAUUGGUAGACACGUUAGUAAAUGGAUUAGUCCACCUUUUAAUGACAAAAACAAAUACUGAUAACCAACAACUGGCUUUGAAAUUAGAAUAACACACUUAACCUUCCAUGAUUUUACUGAGCGUUUUCUUUUAAAUGCAUCAGCUUUGAGUUUCAUCCCUCAUAUUUACGGGUUCGCUGCAUAUGGGGACUGUAACGCCUUCAAAAUGAUGUUAUCUAAAUGCACUGAUGUGGAUAAACAGGUGAAAUCCAUGAAGUGUUACCUGAACUAUUUGUUAGGGGGACAGGCUGAUUCUCUGCAUUUGCUUUACAUAAUGAGAUCCAGAAAAUUUGUUGUUGUAAAUUGAACUUUACGUGCACAGACAGCUUCCUUGUAUAAUAAAACAAUGCUAAAUAA